AUGAAUGUCGAAGAGCGCGCAGAGCUGGAGCAGCUGCGCCUGCAGCAUGAGGCCCCGAGGAGGGCGCCAGCCGGCCGGGGCGACGACGCGGACCUGCUCCACCAGCUCAAGAGCCUGCCCGAGGAGGAGGCUGUGGCGCUCCUCCUGCUGGUGCGAUCAGGGGCUCGAGUCAAUGAAAACCUUGUCACCGCGCGAAGUAUUCCUCUGCCCUCGCGAACCAGCGUCGAGUUCGAGCUGAUGCACCGACACCCCAUAUUGUACCCAGCCGUUGCUACUCUUGAUUCCCUAGAGAUCAAGGUGUCCGAUCUCAGGACACUGCCGUAUCGCGACCAUGAAUCCGAGACGGCCGCAAGGCCUAGCAAGCUCUCUUCGCGGCGACCCUCGUCCCGCGGACCCUCUCCUGCCCAACGAGGCUUGCAACGCCGCCCAUCCUCGCCUGGACCAAGCGCCGCGUCGGACCGCGAUCCCCCUCAGCUAUGUGACCAACGACUCAGGCACAUCAGGGUUCUCAACUGGACACAGGUUCCCAUCUCAAACGAUCUGGCCGCUCGGCUCAUCUCGUUUUACCUGACAGUUGACCAUCCGAUCCUGGGGCUCUUUGAUGCAGACCUGUUCCUAGGCGAUCUUGUGGCCCACAAGACCGAGUUUUGCUGCCCCCUGCUCCUCUCCGCCGUGCUUUGUUUUUCCUGUCAAGGCUACUCAAGCAUCGACGCCGACACGGCGGCUCUGAGCCAUGCCUUUUUCAACGAAGCCCAACGACUACACAGGGAGGAGAGCACGGGCAACCCGCAGUACCAGUUCGCGAUCCCGAACAUUGCCGCGACCCAGCUGCUCAGCCUCGCCGCGACCUGCCACGGCCGCAACGAGCUGGCGCUGAGAUACCUGGUCGAGGGCAUCGAGCUGGCACACCAGAACGGGCUGCUGGCCGUUGGGAAGAAGCACUCGGCCCGGAACUGGCUGGACGACCACGUCGACUAUGUAAGGGCCGCAUCGCACACGGCAUGGGGCACAUUCUGCAGGGCUACGGUCCUCGGAAUGAAUCACCAGAAUGCCUACAUCCACAUCCCGUCGUGGCUGCCGGUCCCAGGCACAGCCAUCGUGCGGGCCGACGGCGAGUCGGAGCCCUUCGAGCUCCCGGCCUACAUGGGCCAGAGCUUCACCGAGCUGUGCAGGCUGACGCCGCUCAUCGGCGAGAUGCUGCACGAAUACUACGACAGCGGCGACGGCGUGGCCCCGACGGACCGCGCCUCGUUCGCCUUCGCCCAGGGCAUGUACGCCAGGAUGCUCGACUGGGCCGACGCCCUGCCCGUGGCCAUGGCCCGCGGCGACGGCAUGCCCCACCACGCCGCCAUCGUCCACAUCUACUUCCACACCGCCGUCCUGGACCUGUUCCGCCCCUUCCCCUACCAGCGGCCCGAGACGCCCUUCAGGCUGGACAAGUUCCCCGCCGACAACCCGACGCCCGAGGGCGUCUGCAACGCCUCGGUGAACCAGCUCAAGCACCUCAUCCUCCUGUUCCGGUCCAGGUACCCCUGCGCCACCUACACCAUGCUGUGGCAGAACGCCCUGCUGUACGUCGCCAACGCCUGCCUGCCCCUCCAGCGCAGCCCGCCUCCUCACGUGACCGGGCCCGUCGCCGACGGCGAAGACGCCGCCUUUGCCGACGAGAUGGAGGGGGUGACGACGACGGGGGUUGUGGAGGACGGCGAGCCGCCCGACGAGACAGACGAGUCGGAAGAGGACGCCCAGCCCCGCAAGUGGUUCGCGGCCUGCAUCGACGGCCUGCGGGCCCUGGCGCCGCAGUUCGGGAUCGUGACGGGCAUCGUGCAGGGCAUCCUAAGCAUGGCCAUCCUCAAGGGCUCCAUCGCCGCCGUCGAGGGCCGCGCCAUCAUGGACCAGCUCAAGGCCGACACCGAGGUCUCGAGCCGCCACCGCCGCGAGCACUUCUACUCCAGCAGUAGUGGCGGUGGCGGCGGCGGCCCGAGCCCGGCAGUGGUGGACGGCGACGACGAUGGCGACGACGACGAAGACGACGACGUGGAAGUGGUGGACGGCGUCGUAGAUGGGCAGCGGCGGCGGCGGCGGCGGCGGCAGCAGCAGCAGCAGCAGCAGCAGCAGCGUGAGGCCUCCGAGGCGGCCGGCAGGGUGGUGUACGGGUUCUCGGGCGGCCGGAGCGGCGAUUGGCCGGGCCUUGUCUCCAGCGGGCUCCUGAACCUGCCCGGCGCCCAGCGCGGCGGCAACCGCUUCGUCAUCGACCUCAACGAGGCGUCCGUGAACCCGAGCGGCGCCUCGCUGGACGUGCUCGCCCGGGCCUUUGACGAGCUGGCCAUGUUCGACGAGUUCACGACGGGUGAGGAGUAA